AUGGGUAUCAAGAUCCGCAACGACACGCAGCACGACGUGCUCGUCCUCAUCUUCACAUACAUCCCUGUGCCGCACCCGAGUCUCUUUUACCGCAAGACACUGCUCAUUUCCGCCGGCGACCGCAUCAACUCCCCACUGCACAAGCACGUCGAGAAGACGCUCUCGAAAACCAACGCGACGCGACUUUUUUUUGCCCCCAUCGGCGGUGAGAUCGUCGCGACUAUCGGCUCCAUGGCCCAUACGGUGGCCGACAGCAUCCUCGACAACCUCAUCCACGAGAUCAUCGAAGCGGCUGUCGACCACGUCAUGGAGAAAAUGGAGAACGCCGACGAAAACCUCGAGAAGCUCCAGGAAAAGGUCGUCCGCGACGCCUGCGCUGGCAGUCGCCCGACGUUUACAACCACGAUGACCAAGAGAAAGAUGAAGAAAGGCAACCGCAUCGACUUCGACGGCGCCGGCAUGGCCUGGUUCGACUAA